UCCGACAGAAUCAUCACACCGAGCCACAGACAAACAGAGUCACAGAGCAGAGCAGCGCAGUAAGACGAGUGAUCUGAUCGACAUGGCCGCCGCCACCAUGGCCCUCUCCUCCCGCGCGCUCGUCGGCAAGCCGGCGGCCAGCUCCAGGGACGUGUUCGGCGAGGGCCGCAUCACGAUGCGCAAGACCGCGGCGAAGCCGAAGCCGGCGGCGUCCGGCAGCCCCUGGUACGGGCCCGACCGCGUCCUGUACCUGGGCCCGCUCUCCGGCGAGCCCCCGAGCUACCUGACCGGCGAGUUCCCCGGCGACUACGGCUGGGACACCGCCGGGCUGUCCGCCGACCCGGAGACCUUCGCCAAGAACCGGGAGCUGGAGGUGAUCCACUGCCGCUGGGCCAUGCUCGGCGCGCUAGGGUGCGUGUUCCCGGAGCUCCUCGCCCGCAAUGGCGUCAAGUUCGGCGAGGCGGUGUGGUUCAAGGCGGGGUCCCAGAUCUUCAGCGAGGGCGGGCUGGACUACCUGGGCAACCCGAGCCUGGUCCACGCGCAGAGCAUCCUGGCCAUCUGGGCGUGCCAGGUGGUGCUCAUGGGCGCCGUCGAGGGGUACCGCGUCGCCGGCGGCCCGCUCGGGGAGGUGGUGGACCCGCUGUACCCAGGGGGGAGCUUCGACCCGCUGGGGCUCGCCGACGACCCGGAGGCCUUCGCGGAGCUCAAGGUGAAGGAGAUCAAGAACGGCCGCCUCGCCAUGUUCUCCAUGUUCGGCUUCUUCGUGCAGGCCAUCGUCACCGGCAAGGGCCCGCUCGAGAACCUCGCCGACCACCUCGCCGACCCCGUCAACAACAACGCCUGGGCCUACGCCACCAACUUCGUCCCCGGCAAGUGAGCGAGCUCGCUAGGUGAAGCGACUGGGGGGGUCGCGUGUGCCGUAGACGUACGUAUUCGUAUGUACUGCUAAUCUGCUACUGCAGGGUGUACACAAGUAUUUGUGAAGGGAACCUGGGAUCACAAGCAGGUUUGUUGUACGAGUAGUAGUGUAUUUGUACGCAUGCGCUGGACCGGAUCGAUGAAAUAUGCGCACCGCGUUGUAAAUUUUUGGCAAAAUAAAGUAAUCUCUAAAUCUGUAUCUAAAUUA